AAUUGCAGUAGCAUCGACAUUAUUUUUUCCCAUUGCUUUGUUACCGAUUCCCGCUAUUUUCUUGGUGCAUGGGUGCUCUUGCCUUUAUUUUGUACCACUCUUUAUCUCCGUCAAGGAAGCUAUGUUUUGGUCGCGUUCGUUAGUGCUUGUUUUUACCAGAGGUGUCUUAGCCUCUAAUUUAGAUUCCAUUAAAAAUUGUUUUGUCCAGCCAAGGGUAUGUUUACGGAAGCCUGUGUACCUGAGAGAGGUGAUUUGAAUGUAAUUCUUUGAGUAUGAUUUUUUUAUUGGAACAUUGACCCUAUCUGACUGCUCCUGGGUUUGAGUAAAAUCAUGUCCAUUGUUAUCAAUCACUUCCAUGUUCAGUAUUUUUCUCAGGAAUUCGUAUGUCUAUUACACAGUUUUCUACAAUACAUUUAUCGAACACUGUUUUUAAUGUUAUUAAGGCGAUCAUUGUUUUUAUGCAUAUUUUAGCUUGCUGAUUAUCUAUUUAAACUUUAAAGGUUCAUAUGCAUUCUUUGCUUUAUAUAACAUAAUCACAUAUUCAUUUAUAUAUGUAAUAUACCGUCAACAUAGCGAACCGUAUUAUAAUCACGUAUUAUAAUAUCCAGCUCUUUUAACCAGAGGCUUUAUGAUUAACAACGACCUAUCGUGGGCCUCCAUGUUUUACUGCUCCGAAACACCUGCUCGGACACACUUCGCAACAGCUGUUUUCGUUAUCGUGCGUUAUCUUCUCUCGGAUAUACAAGCUUGAAUAUAUACACUUUUUUCAAUUCCCUCAACCUAUUUUUAUCCUCUAGUUGAGAGUCGGACUCCGUUGUGUGUAAAGGUGCGCUUGGCGACACUGCCGAGACUUCGAUCCGCAGGAGGUGGCGACUGAGGACUCUUCGUCGCGGGGAUGUUUGAGACGCAAGAAAAAGUUGACCAAGGGAACGAGACCAAUCCAGGACCAGAUUAUGCGGACGUGGCUGUUGCUGGUCGUUGCCUUCACUUCGGUCUGCGGAAGGCCAGGGAGCCCUCGCGACGCGGGCCAGGGCGGCGUGAGAAAAAGGGAAUUCGGCGAGUUGACGGAGCUCGGGAAAAUCUUCAGGAGAUGCCGCGACAAGACGACCCCAGACCUCUCGGCGAAGGACGGUUUGGCACGGUGCCUCAGGAAGCACAGGGUCGCUGAGGAGAGGAGUGGCCGAGAGGGGGCGAAGAAGGGGAGAAAAUCUAAGAACUCGCAUAAAAAGGCAGUGACGUGCGGAGAAACGUACUACAUGAAGACUGGAGAAAAGAGGAUUUUCCGCGUCCGAGCCAACAUGAAAGUCUGUGCCAUCUUCGUGCAUGGAGAUGGGCGCACCGACCUCGAGAUGAACUGCAAGACUUUCGCCCUGUCUGCCUGCAGGAAAGAGUAUUUUUUCGUUCAAGACCAAACAUCUGAGAAACAGUUCUGUGGAAACAAAGGCCCCGGGAAGAUGACGGGGAGACGAGCCUUGUACCUCUUGUACGAGAGGCUCAGGCGGAGGAGGAGAAGGCCGAGGCUGUGGUGCUCCAUCGAGGGGGUGGAACCUGGCGGUGCGGGCAGCGGCGUCGACGAUGGACAUGGAGCCAGCCCUGGCGUCCAAGCACAUGGGUGUGGCAAUGUGUGUGGCCAGGCUCCAGCGGGCGCAGGAGCCUCCAGGAUCGUGGGCGGGGAGGAGGCGGGCGUGGGCGAGUAUCCGUGGAUGGCCAGGGUGGAGAUCUCUCUUGGCGGCGUCGGCAUGGCGUGCGGGGGAGCCAUCGUCACCACCACGCACGUCGUCACAGCGAGUCAUUGCGUCGACAACGAAUUUUUGGAGAUUACGGUGAAAGCGGGCUUGCAUGACCUGUCCUCGUAUCAGGAGAACACAACCCAGGUCAUCAAGGCCAAGCAAGUUCUUCAACACCCGAUGUUCAGUCCCAUGACUUCCGCGAACGACAUCGCUCUGCUAACCCUCGAGGCGCCUCUGAGGUGGACGGCCGGCGUGGGGCCCGUCUGCCUCCCUCCCGACGCUGGCUUCGAGGGCCGAGUGGCGGUCGUCACGGGCUGGGGCUCGCUGGGGGCGGGUGAGGACUUCGCUUUGAGGGCCUGUUUGAGAGCCGGGCCGCACCCCACGAAGCUAAACGAGGUAGCUGUCACUAUCACUGACCAAGAAAUGUGUGAGGAGGCUUACAGCUCCUCGGUCUUCUCUGUCACGGAUAAACAC